AUGCCCGAAAUAGAGUAUCCUCCAGUUCUUCCUAAGCUGAUUGGUGAAACGAUCACUACAUGCUCAUGGAAGCCUCUGGACUCUGAUAUUUACCCCCCUCGCGACUGGGUCGUUAUCGAAAAGCUAAGUGAGCGCCAAACCCCGAUAACCCCCAAAGAUUUCGCCAAUGGCAUGGGCCCUGCAUAUACCGCUGGAAAAUAUCUUUGUCACCUUGCAGGUGCCGGGAACGAGAAAAAACAAGCCUUUAUGCGUAUCUACAAACAAAUUCCUCUAGCUGGCACUGAAAUUGAUAACGUGAAAAGUCGGGGGGAACAGGCCUCUAAGCCACGAAAACACUUAGAGCUGAAUGCCUUAAAGCAUCUCACAGAAAAUAGGUGUAGUGCUACCCCUAGACUCCUUGGGUAUGAAACCGGCAAGCAAAACAAAAAUGACUGUGUCCCCGGUGGAUAUAUCAUGUACAUUGUAUGGGAAAAGGUCCAAGGAGAUUCUCUUGAUCCUAUGGAGUUCUGGAGUCUUCCCAACAAUCAACGAGAAAGCAUCCGCGCUAAGUUCAAAGCAGCCUACUUGGAAGUUUUGGAGCUUGGGGUCGAGCUGAGCUUGACGACCGCAUCAAAGAUCAUACUCGACAAGACCACUGGUGAUGUUAAAAUCUCCGGUUUUAGGCGGGCUCACGAAAUCUCCCCAGAAAAGACCUGGGACGACUACUUCUUCGUGAUGUUUUUCCUAGCCCUGAACUCCCUGGUCCGGUACAACUACUUCCCCAUCACAGCGGAGGAUAUCAAAGUUCACAGCAAUGGCUGGAUGUGGUGA